AGAUCACCAUUAAAUGAUGUUGUCAGUCGAAAUAUAUCGAUGGUGCUAGAAAAUUUAUUGAAAAAUUAUGAAAGUUCACAAUUACCAACGCAUGGUAAAGGUGAACCUACAAUUGUUCAAACGAAUAUAUUAAUACGAAGUAUGGGUCCAGUUUCUGAACUCGAUAUGGAAUAUUCAAUGGAUUGUUAUUUCCGUCAAUAUUGGCGAGAUCAACGUUUGUCCUUUCUUGGUCCAAUUAAAUCAUUAUCAUUGUCAAUUAAAAUGUUAGAACGUAUUUGGCGACCAGAUACCUAUUUUUAUAAUGGAAAAAAUUCUUAUGUACAUACAAUUACCGUGCCAAAUAAAUUAUUACGAAUUUCUCAAGAAGGUGAUAUUUUAUACUCAAUGAGAUUAACAAUAAAAGCAAAAUGUCCAAUGGAAUUGCGUAAUUUUCCAAUGGAUCGACAAUCCUGUCCACUUAUUUUAGGAAGUUACGCAUACACAUCACGCCAGUUAGUAUACCAAUGGCAAAAUGACGCUAGCGUAAGUUUUAUACCUGGGAUGGCCUUAUCCCAAUUCGAUUUGAUGAGUUAUCCUUACCGGAAUUUUACAUUUAAACGACGUGAAGGUUUAUUUUCGGUAUUACAAGUUUCUUUUAAUCUUCAACGACAUACUGGAUACUUUUUAAUUCAAGUAUAUGUACCAUGUAUUUUAAUUGUAGUACUUUCCUGGGUAUCGUUUUGGAUACAUCGUGAAGCAACAAGCGAUCGUGUUGGCUUAGGUAUUACGACUGUACUAACAUUAUCCACAAUCAGCUUAGAUUCACGAACUGAUUUACCAAAAGUACGAUAUGCAACAGCAUUAGAUUGGUUUCUACUAAUGAGUUUUGGAUAUUGUAUUGCUACAUUACUGGAAUUUGCUGGUGUACAUUAUUUUACAAAGGUUGGUAGUGGUGAAAUACCUGUUGACGAAGAAGAAUGGGAAGAUUGCGGUGAUUGUGUUGAACAAAUUGGGGGUUCUCUUUCACCACCUGUUGAUUUUAUCAUGAAUACACCACAUGAUUUUAGUAAUGUUGCCAGUCCAUCUUCAGGUUGUCGCCAAAUUGUCGGCCGCAGACGUAGUUCUUUAAUUUGUCCCAUCUAUAAUGAUCCUACAUCAUUGAGUUACUCUGGACGACUUCAACGUGGAUCAUUAACUAAUCAAAACAUUUCACCACCCCCAACACAUAUGCAUCAAAUACCGGGUGUUCGAACUACAAUGGAACGUACUACACAAACAGAUAAUUUUGUUCCACGUUGGAAACAAUUCUUUUAUUGUUUGAUCGGUGAUGAUCAAUAUAGAAAACAACGCCAACGUGAAGCUGCAGGACGGAAUAGCCAUGAACAUGGUGUAAGCAGACAUGUGAAUAGCGUAUCAUAUAUUGAUAGAACUGCUCGAAUUAUCUUUCCGGGAUCAUUUACGAUACUAAAUAUUCUUUAUUGGGUGGUUUAUGUUAGUUAUCAAGAUGAUUUUAAAUGGUAUGAUCCGCCCAAAUAUAGUCAUUAA